AUGUCAGAAAUCCAGACGAACCUACACACCAUCGAAUUCAAGUCUUCAGGGAUGUACAGGUUCAAUUCCAGAGUGCAAAAGGAGGGAGAGUCCAUGGACCAAUUCGUCAAAGCCCUCAAACUCCUGACAGAGGGUUGCGAGUUUGACAAACUCCAGAGUUCUCUGAUCAGAGAUAGAAUUAUUUUCGGGACAAAUGACCAUCCAAUCAAGGAACGACUCCUCCAGGAAGAUGACCCUACUCUAGAAGACACCCUCAAAAUCGCUCGUUCUUUGGAAACACCCAAGCAUGAACUGAACUCGAUGUCAAGCCAACCUCAAGUAAAUGUCCACAAACUAAUGAAAAAAGCACCUUCCAGUAGUUCCAGGCCCAGAUUUUCCUCUCAGAAACACAGAUCGAGACCCAAACAAUUUUAUGUCCCACAAAACACUCCUAAAUCAAGCAAUAUCAGAAAACCUCAAAAAUGCUGUCCAAAUUGCGGCAACUCCCCUCACCCUUUUUCGCAAUGCCCAGCAAGACACCAGACAUGCAAUUACUGCAGAAAGCUGCACCAUUUCAAAAAGAUGUGCAGAAAACUAAAGUACAUUAACCAGAAGACCCACAAAAUCGAGAUAGGGGAUGAGGAGGAAGAAGAGGAUUAUGAAGAAUAUACAUAUGAGACACUCAAAAUUAACUCUGUGGAAACAGAGGACGAAGCCUUCGCAACCUUAGGCAUCCAACUUCCACGUCAUAACUCAAGGAAUACAAAACAUAAACUCAAAGUCAAGAUCGAUACUGGAUCCCAAGGGAAUGCAUUGCCCUUCAGACUAUACAAGGAAAUGUUCCCCCAGAAAUUUGACAGCGGUGGACAACCAACAGAACUAGAACUAGACCGAUCCAAAGCCAAAAUAACCGAGUAUGGAGGAAGUCAAGUUAAACAAUAUGGCACCUGCAAAAUCAAGUGCUCCUACAAGGAGAAGGAAGAAAACGCCACAUUCUAUGUGACGGAGGACAAAGGACCAGCCAUCUUAGGACUGCCUACCUUAAGAGAACUAGGACUGGUCGGCACAAAUCUAGAAAUGAAGUUGCAAGACAGAUCAAAGAAUGCUGCAAAUGCUCGAUCUAGCCCCAAAAGCAACCCUCACAAAACUCCAGAAAGUCCCAAAGCCUCCCUGAUGACCCAAUGCCCUGAUAACUUCAACGGAAUUGGGAAGUUUCAAGGAAAAUACCACAUUCAUAUAGACCCCACAGUCCCAGAGGUCAUCCAUCCACAAAGGAAAAUACCCCUUAAACUCAAGGACAAAAUCAAGACAGAACUGGAUGAGAUGGAAACAAUGGGAAUCAUCAAGAGAAUCAAGGUGGAAGAACCCACAGCUUGGGUGAACAGCUUAGUAUACAGAGAGAAACCACCGGGACGGCUACGUCUUUGCCUAGACCCCAAAGACCUCAACAAAGCAAUACUGAGGGAGCAUCACACUACACAAACUCUGGAAGAAAUUUUGCCACACCUCUCCGGAGCAAAGUACUUCUCCAUACUUGAUGCAAAAUGUGGAUACUGGAACGUUGAGCUUGACGAUUCAAGUUAUCUGACCACAUUCAAUUCUCCAUUUGGCCGAUACCGAUUUCUAAGAAUGCCCUUUGGACUUCGAAUGAGCCAAGACGUUUUCCAAGCGAAAAUUGACCAGACAUUUGAAGGCUGCAAAGGUGUGAUUGGCAUCGCAGACGAUAUUGUGGUGUUUGGGAAAACUACAAAAGAACAUGACGCAAACCUACAGAACAUGAUACUUCGGUGUCAGGAAACUGGACUCAAGCUGAACCCAGACAAAUGCAGAAUCAAGGAAAACCACAUCAAGUUCUACGGCAUAAUCUGCACAGGCGAAGGGAUCAAGCCUGACCCAGCAAAGGUCGAAGCCAUCAAAGCCAUGAUCAGCUCCAGAAAAUGA